AUGUGUCUUCCUGGGAGGUUUAAGUCUGCUGAUUUGUUUUUCGUCCUCAGGAAGAUAUUGAAAGCCUGGAAGAUAGAAUUGCUAGAGUGCUGCUGCUUCUACUUUUUGCCUGGGACUAUUUCAUUGUCACUUCAUCCGAGAGCUGGUUCGGUGGUUUUGCACUCAUGCCUGCAUUUUCAAGAACUGAAGGAGAGGUUAAUAAGCACUGACGAUUGAAGUUGGAAACAGGUAAGAUAUGUCUAUGAACACUUCACUUCGCUGUCUUUUUUAUGACUCAAAAUUUUCAGAUGUCAUUCAUCUUCUUGUUUUCGCAGUUUUUCUGAAUUUUGCCAGUGAAAUCGUCAACUAGCCUCCAAUUUUUUGCACUUUGUUAUCAAUUUUUGGACUUCUGGUGUUUGUUUUUCAAACUGACUUGCAAACCAAUGGACCUUUGGAUCUGGUAUUAUUUUCAUCGGCUGAAGU